AUGAACGAGUCGCGCAUGCUGGAGGAUAGCCAGCCACCAGUAUACGAACAGAACUAUACUCCUGCGAUUUCUGAUGUUAUGAAGUUCCAGCUUGCUGAUGAUGACGACACAUUCGCCCAGACUGGCUUUUCCUAUGGAGGCGAGCCUGUGCGACCUUCGAGUGAACGCUUCGACUCUUAUACCACGCCUGCUCCCAAGUCCAAGCACUCCAGGACCAAGUCUCGCGACAGUGAUGUCGAGACUACAUCCAAGAAGACCGAUCGCAAGCGAAAGCGCAACUCUCCCGCCGAGCUUGACAUGUCUCUGGUCCGUGCCCAGGAAGAGAGGGACAAUAUGUUGGCUUCCGCGCCCCCUAUGCUUCACUCUGGUCUCACUGGUGGCCUGAACCGAUUGCUUGCGCGACCCGAGUUUCCUCCUUCCCCAGAGGACUCCGGCGAAUAUGCCAAUUCACCACUAAGCCCCAUGAAGCGUGCGAAGCAAGGAAAUUCUACGGCCCUCAUGCGCGCGCAGCGCGAUUGGGAAGUACAACAGCAGAAGACACGUAAGGCAGACACCAAGGAGCAGCGCGAGCGCGACGAGAAGGAGAAGAAAAAGGAGAAGAAGUCAAAGGAGCGUGGCCGUGAACGCGAUCGCAAGGAGCGCCAUGCUAGCUCGACCCUGGUUAAAGUCCGCUCCAAGAAGAAGCGUGACGAUUCUGGAAGCAAAGAGAUCCGCAGAAUACAACGCCGCCAUUAUUCGUCCUCGGUAUCGCCCCCGCCCAAAGAUCGUAAAGCUCUUAAGGCGAUCGAGUACCAUCCCUCCGGCUCCCGUUCAGCUUCACCAGAUGGUAACGGCCAGCUCAUCACCUUGCUAUCCAACGACAUCGUGACGGAUCCUAGAGCGGGUCUGUUCAUGUCGUUCAUCACAAAGGGUCCGGAUUCUGGACGCGGUAUGAGCGUCCACAAAGCACUCAAGCGGUUCCACCGAGAGCGACAGGAUGAGAAGCACCGCGCAUCCAAGGCCGAUGAGGAGAAGGAGCUCUGGAAGAACAUGCGCCUCAAGCGAAACGACAGGGGCGAGAUUGUCCUAUUCUUCUCUUCGUCAGAGACUUCUUGACUAGACGAGGAUCUCGACAUCAUCGCCAGGAUGCGCGCAUGGAGUUGCAGCGACCCUUCGCCUAGUCAGGAGUCGCCUGACAUGUACGACUACAAAGAAGCAGCGCUGUUGCUGUAAAACAAAAGAUGGGAUUCGUUGGCGUCGGUGCGAUGAUACCCUUCUUACCUACACCAUUAUUCCUUCUGGAUGAUACCCGACUUCAGGUCAACAUUGCUUCGGGAUGGUUCGGGGCGCAUGUUCUUGUACAUGUUUACAUUGGAUCUCUUCUUUUCACAUACCCGCAUAUCUUAUCUUGUUCGGAUACUUUCUGUAACGGUUACCUUUUUCUUAGACUUUCUCAGCAGUCAUCUGCGUUCUGGUUUGGUUGUUUGCGUUUGUCCUGCGUCUGGUAUCUUUUGGCCAGACCGCUUCCCCUAAUACUCCUUGGGCUGGGCCCGUUCCCAGUUCCUUGGUGUUUAGGUCAUGCGAUUAUGAUUAUGUCAAUAUUUGUACUC